AGGUUAUUAAAGCUGCGGACUGGAGUCAGGCAAAAAUAAGAUCAACAGCAGCGGCCGCAGCAGCAAGGGAUCAAGGAGAAAAAUGCGUGACACCGUGACGUCGAAGAAAGUGUCCCACAGCAGGAUGAGGGUGACAGAGGUGGAAGAGUUUCUGAGAGAACCUCCGGCAGGUUUCUCCGUGAAGGCUCUCGGCUCCGGUUACCGAGUCCACAGCGACCCGGAGAAGAGCCUGGUGCUCAUCGACGACUUCUUCUCCUGCAGAGGGAAAAUUGUUUUCGAGAACUCGCUGGGAAGGAAAGUUAAAAUGCACAAUUUAUGGGAGUACACCAGCAUGAGAAAGAGGCUGCUGUCCAAGAGGAGCUAUCUGCUCAUGUCUGCCUGCCAGGAAAACUGCUCAGCGAACAACAAGAAGGCAGCCAGGGAGGUCAGAGUGCUGAAGCAGUACGUGGUGUCCAUCGACGGCAACGAUCCUUUAAUCAAGUGGCAGAUGGAGAAAGGCCUGGACUGGACCAUCUCUUCAGUCGCUGGGGAAAGCUACAGGGUGGACAUUGACUUGACUCAAGCACUGGACAGCUGGGCUGCAAAAAACAUCCACAUCAAAACCGACAAACUAAUAAAAGUCAAACCAGUCUGGAGAGAUGCCUCCUUCACCCUCAAAUACUACUCUGACGCCCUCUUUGAUUUCCCACACUGGUUCGGCUUCAGCAAAAGAAACUUUAAGUUGAGCCUGACCUGAGCCAGCAGUGGAUGAGGAGGUCGGAAAAGUCAAGUUUACCUGCUCAGUUUUUUGGUGGAAGCUCGGUCUGUUUC